AACUACGGGGCACGGGGAGUAUUAGUCGGUGGAUUUACAUUUUACGCCCAAACUACUCUGUCUAUAAACUUCUGUCUUUCUCUCUGCUCCACUUGUAGUCUCUAGUGUCUACUCCUUUGCUCUCACAACAAGUCCGAAACGUAACUCAAUUUACGACGCCGUUUAAGCAGCUAUGGCAUUGAAAUCAUUCCUAGAAAUCUCGCCGGACUCACAUUUCCCGAUGGAGAAUCUGCCGUACGGCGUGUUCAAGCCUGACGAAUCUUCCGCACCUCGACCUGGCGUUGCUAUCGGAGAUUACGUGUUGGAUCUUCAAGUUAUUGCUUCCGCUGGUCUUUUCAACGGGCCUAUUCUCGCGAACUCUGAUUGUUUUCAUCAGCCAAAUCUUAAUAAGUUCCUAGAAAUGGGACGUCCUGCAUGGAAGGAGGCUCGUGCUACAAUACAAAAACUACUCUCAUCUGCUGAGCCUUCUUUGCGCGACAAUGCAAGUCUGAGACAGAAUGGCCUACUACCUGCCGCCCAGGUACAAAUGCUUCUUCCUAUGGCAAUAGGGGAUUACACAGACUUCUUCUCAUCUAUGCAUCAUGCUAGGAACUGCGGCUUGAUGUUUAGAGGUCCUGAAAAUGCCAUUAAUCCAAACUGGUUCCACCUCCCUAUUGCUUAUCAUGGCCGGGCAUCAUCUAUCGUAGUAUCAGGGACAGAUAUUAUCAGACCUAGAGGUCAAGGUCAUCCAUCUGGCAACUCACCCUAUUUUGGGCCUUCACGAAAGCUAGACUUUGAGCUAGAAAUGGCUGCUGUGGUUGGACCUGGUAACAGGUUAGGAGAGCCUGUUGAUGUUAAUGAGGCUGCAGAGCAUAUAUUUGGACUAGUACUGAUGAAUGACUGGAGUGCUAGAGAUAUUCAGGCAUGGGAAUAUGUACCUCUUGGUCCUUUCCUUGGAAAAAGUUUCGGGACAACUAUAUCUCCUUGGAUUGUAACCUUAGAUGCUUUACAACCUUUUGGUUGUGAUGCUCCUCAGCAGAAUCCUAGUCCCUUGCCAUAUCUUGCAGAAAAAAAUUCCAAGAAUUAUGACAUUUCUUUGGAGGUUCAAAUUAGACCAGCUGGAGAAGAAACAUCAUAUGUUGUCACAAGGAGUAACUUCAAUCACCUGUAUUGGACAGUGACCCAACAACUUGCUCACCAUACUAUAAAUGGUUGUAAUUUGAGGCCUGGUGAUCUUCUUGGAACUGGCACAAUAAGUGGACCAGAACCAGAAUCAUAUGGAUGCUUACUGGAGUUGACAUGGAAUGGACAAAAAAAUGUUUCUUUAGGAGGGACAAGUCGCAAGUUUCUAGAAGAUGGAGAUGAAGUUAUUUUCACUGGUUGUUGCAAGGGGAAUGGUUACAAUGUGGGUUUUGGUACAUGCUCUGGGAAAAUUGUGCCUUCAAUUCCUUGAAAACCUUCCUGACGGGAGAAUCUGUAUCUGGUUAGAUGUUUGAGACAGAUUAUGGCGUAAAAUCUUUUUUGCUGUAUGUUGAUCGAAAUCAUGAUAUUAGCUUUAUCUAUUAUGGUUAUGAUCCUGAGAAACUUCAUACAGAA